UGCAGGGGAGAGAAUGAGGGUUUUGCUUUUCUUGUUUUCUUAUUUUUUUUUUGUUUCACGUGGAAGUAAAGGAGAAGGGAGGAGAGGAGAGUUGUUUUGGGUUUUUGGUUUGGGCUUUGCAAUUGGGCUAGAAUUAGGAGUUUAGUUUUAGGAUUCGAAUCCAAAACCGAAUAGGAUCGUUUUCUAAAUUCAAUCGAUUUUCGUAAUUCAAAUUCGUUUUAACUUAAAAUUCUAAAAUCAUUUUCGAUUUCGUAAAUCGUUGAAAAUAUUAAAAUGUAAUAAAUAAAUAUACGUCAAUUAUAUAUUUAUUACUUAAAAUUCAUAAAUUCUAUUUAAAUAUAAAUAAUGUACGUUAAUAUAUAUUAAUAAAAUUUAUAAAUUUACGGGGGAUUACAACAAUGAUCCUAUCUAUGAUCCUUUUCAUGAUAAAGGGAAGUUGGUCUAUAAGAAGAGUGAGGUAAUUGGAGAAAUUUGUGAUGAUGUGGAGAGUGGUGAAGACUUUGGUUAUGAAGAUGGAGAUUUUGCAGAGACGGGUCAAGGUGGGGAAGAUGAUAAGGAUCUUGACUUCGAAGAAGAAGAAAAUGAACGGAUUAUCAAUGAGGAGUUGCAGUUUGAAUCGGAGAAUAGUGAUGAUGAAUAUAAAACAGCUAGGGAGAGAGUGAAGGCUUGUAAUAAUAAUCUUGUUGAACUAGCUCAACAACUUGAAAGAGAAGCAUAUAAGGGUAAGCUAGGUUCACAACAAGAAGCUGCAGAAAUCGGGGAAGGAGAAGGGCCAAGUGUUGGUGGAUAUGUGAGUGAGUAUGAGGAGAGUGAUGAUGAAAUACACACACCGCCUGAUAGUUCAGAUGAAGAUCUGAAAGUGGGUAGAAAAAUAAGACCGAGACUUCUUGUUAGCCCUCACACCGAUUUCUCACAGUUUAAGUGGAAAGUGGGGCAAAGAUUUGCAACACGAGAUAGUUUCAGACAGGCUGUGGCUAAUUAUGCAGCCUUACAGGGGAGGAAUGUGACAUUUAGAGUUAGCAACAAAAAAAGGCAGCAAAGGUUAGGAGUGAAGUGCGUUGAGAAUUGCCCUUUUUAUGUGUAUGCAUCUUGGGAAUCUAGAAGGGCAACUUUGAUUGUUAAGAGGGUGUUCAGUGAGCAUACAUGCCAUAGAAAUAUGAAGAAGAAUAGACAGUUGAAGGAUAGUUGGGUUGCGAAACAAUUUGUUGAUGUCUUCAAGAGUAGACCACAUUGGCCUGCCAAAGAAAUUAUGGAGUGUAUUAGACGAGCAUAUAAGGUGUUGGUCAAAAGAGAUUUCGCUUACAAGGUCAAAUAUGCAGCUCAUAGGUUGUUACAUGGUUCUAUGCAUGACCAUUACAACAAAGUUGAGAGUUAUGUGGCUGCAUUGAAGGCUUGUAGUCUUGGUACGCACUUAGACUUAGUUACCGAUGUGACUAAGCAACCAUUCCCACCUGUGUUUCAGAGAUUGUUUUGUUGUUUUGAAGGUCUGCAAAAAGGAUGGAAGGAGGGAUGUAGGAAGGUAUUGUGUGUAGAUGCAUGUUUCUUGAAAACAUUUUUAGGUGGAGAACUACUUUCUGCUGUUGGGAGAGAUGGAAAUGAUCAAAUGUUUCCCGUGGCUUGGGCAGCUGUGGAAGGUGAAAACAACCUUUCAUGGGAGUGGUUCUUUGACCAGUUAAAGUCAUGUCUUAAUCUAGGUGAAGGAGAAGGCAUUGCAAUCAUUUCUGAUGAGCAUCAGGCUAUUUUAAAUGGUGUAAAAAAUGUCUUCCCGAAAGCAGAACAUAUGCAUUGUGCUAGACAUAUCUUUGCCUUGUGGCACAAGACCUACAGAGGGGAUGAGAUGAAGCUGCAAUUUUGGAAAAUUGCAAAGGCUUUCAAUCUGGCAGACUACAAUGACGCCUUAGCUGAAUUGGAAGCGAUCAACAUAGAUGCUGCCACUGAUUUUAAAGGAUACAAUCCAAGUUUUUUUUGCAGAGCCUACUUAGAUCCAACCAUCAGGACAAAUGCAAUUACUAACAAUAUGGCAGAAACCUUUAAUGGUUAUAUAAUCCAAGCAAGAACAAAUCAUCUCAUCUACAUGUUAGAAGACAUUAGAGCUGCCCUUAUGCAGAGAAUGGUUUCCAAAAGGCAGGAAAUACAAAAGGCAACGUCUAUCCUUUGCCCAAGGAUUCAAGCACGGUUGGAAGAUGAGAAGCUCAAGGCUGCAAACUGUGAUGUUAUUCCAUCGAGUGAUCACCUCUUCAAUGUUAAUUACUACCUUGAUAAGCUGGUGGUUGACUUAGAAGCAAAAACUUGUACAUGCCGAAAAUGGGAUAUGGUUGGAAUCCCUUGCUGCCAUGCUGUUGCUUGUAUCUACUUCCAGAAUAAAGAAGUUGAGGAGUUUGUUGAUGACUACUAUAAGAGGGAUUCAUACUUGAGUGCUUAUGCAGGCUCCAUUCCACCAUUGGAGGGAGAAAGGCAUUGGCCUAGAAUUCAGAGCCACUUAGACCCACCACCCAUUAAGAUAGGCCCUGGAAGACCUAGAAGAAAUAGGAUUAAGGAUCCUUUUGAAAACCCCAAAAAGCCUGGUUCAUUGAACAAAGUUGGUGUGGAGAUGACAUGUAGUUUGUGUCUUUUCAAAGGGCACAAUAAAAGAAGAUGUCCAAAUAGGGACACAACUAUUCCAAGAGAACCGGCUCCAAAAAGACCAAGGAAUGAUGGCCAACAACCACAUUCAAAGGCAACAUCAAGUUCAACUACUGUUAUUUCUUCUGCACAUCCACAAAACAACACAUUGUCGGUUCAGUUGCAGGAUACACAACCGUCCCAAGCACACCACUCAGCAACUUCCCAACCCAGCCAACUUGGCAAAGGUGGAAGGAUGAUCAGAGUUGGUAAGGGAUCAAGGGGUGGAAGCACCAGUGGCGGAAGAGGGAAAGUAAAUGCAAAUAGUACUGGAAAAGGGAAAGGGGUUGCAAACACAGCAGGAAGAGGAAGAGGGGGUCUGAAUGGAAGUAAAACAGGUCAAGGAAGAGGUAGAGGAAAAGGAAAAAAUCAGGUACCAGUUGGUGUUGGAAUUUACAUCGCAGAUGAUGGUUCAACACUAACAAAUCUUCCUACAAAAUCUGGUAGACCAAGGGGUAGGCCUAGAUUGGUUAACGAGCAACCCAUCUUUGCAAGCCAGCCAAGCCAAGCAUCCACUCUAUGUCAACCAACUCAGUAAAUGGAUGAAAAAUCAACAACUUAUCUAACUUUUUGAAACCAAAACAUAUCAGUUAUAUUUUGAAAUUCACCAGUUCUAACGUCCAAGAUUUAACUGGUUUUCAAGUGUUUUUUGCUCGUAUAUUUAACCUUGGAGAAUGCCAUUGAGUUUGUUGGAACUUAGAUUGUAUUUUGACAUUUUUUUGGACCUUGUGUUAUUUGUUUAAUUUGGCACAUUCUGUAGCAUUAUUAGGGGUGAAAAAAACCCGAUUCGACUCAACACGAUCCCUAGUUUGACUA